AUGUUGAGUUUUGAUUCAGUUUUUUCACUCUCCUAUUCCACCUUCAUCAAGAAGCUCCUUAUCCCCAGCAGGCCUGCCAGGCUUGCUCCAGUAAAGGCAAUUCCAACCUCCAAAAAAAAAAAAAAAGCUUUUUGGCUCUUUAGUACCUCUUCCCUUUCUGCCGUUAUGAUAGUGUUAUCUUCAUAUCUGAGGUUAUUGAUAUUUCACCUGGCAAUCUUGAUUGUAGCUUGUGCUUCAUUCAGCCUGGCAUUUAGCAUGACAUACUCUGCAUAUAAGUUAAAUAAGCAGGGUAACAAUAUACAGCCUUGA